AUGAGGAGCCGUGGUAGCUUUGCUCUAGGCCAUGCGGUGGUGUUUCUCGCGUGGUUGAUGGUGCAUUGCGGCGGCGGGCUUGUCGGCGCCGUGCCUCCUGAUGGUUGGUACGAUUACACUGCCCACACGGACUGCAGAGGCCGCCCGGAGCCGGCGCAGUACAACGGCGGGAUUCUCAAGUACGGCAACGGCGACGACCCCAACGGGUACAAGACGACGGAGACCGGCGUCCUGUCCCCGGCGUUCGUGGUCUACAACCUCAACAAGUCCACGAUGUACACCUUCUCGGGCUGGGUGAAGCUGGAGGGCUCUCCCUCGGCUCUCAUCACCGCGAGGCUGGCCCCGGACAACUCCGGCACGAGGUGCAUCGGGACGGUCCUCGCCAGGAGCAACUGCUGGGCGUUCCUCAAGGGCGGCUUCGUCCUCGACUGGCCAACUCAGACCUCCGUCAUCUUCUUCCAGAAUGCUGAUAGGACCCCGAUGAAGAUCACCACUGCGAGCGCCUCGCUCCAGCCGUUCACGACGGAUCAAUGGUCGAUGCACCAGAAAGAUACGAUCCGGAAGAGGAGGAAGAGGAUGGCCACCAUCCACGUCGCCGACCCGCACGGCACGCGCGUGGUCGGCGCGUCGGUGUCUGUGGAGCAGACGUCCAAGGACUUCCCGCUGGGGUCGGCGAUCGCGUCCACCAUCCUGGGCAACGACGCGUACCAGAAGUGGUUCGUGGAGCGGUUCAACGCGGCGGUGUUCGAGGACGAGCUCAAGUGGUACUCGACGGAGCCGGCGUCGGGGCUGCUCCGGUUCGACGUGCCGGACCAGAUGCUGGCGUUCGUGCGGUCGCACCGGGUGAUGGUGCGCGGGCACAACAUCUUCUGGGAGAACCAGGACGCCACCCCCCGGUGGGUGAAGGGCCUGUCACCGGAGGACCUCCGGUCCGCCGUGAACACGCGCAUCCAGAGCCUCAUGACCCGCUACCGCGGCGAGUUCGCGCACUGGGACGUGAACAACGAGAUGCUGCACUUCAACUUCUACGAGCAGCGGCUGGGCGCCAACGCCACCAUGGAGUUCUUCAGCGUGGCGCAGGACGCCGACCCGCUCGCCACGCUCUUCAUGAACGAGUACAACGUGGUGGAGACCUGCGACGACGCCUCCUCCACCGUGGACGCGUACGUGGCGCGGCUCAAGGACCUCCGCGCCGGCGGCGCCGUGCUGGAGGGGAUCGGCCUCGAGGGCCACUUCUCCAGGCCCAACAUCCCCUACAUGAGGGCCGUGCUCGACAAGCUGGCCACGCUCAACCUGCCCAUCUGGUUCACCGAGAUCGACAUCAACAACAAGUUCGACGCGCAGACGCAGGCCGUGUACCUGGAGCAGGUGCUGCGGGAGGCGUACGCGCACCCGGCGGUGAGCGGCGUCAUGCUCUGGACGGCGCUGCACGAGGGCGGGUGCUACCAGAUGUGCCUCACGGACUGGAACCUCAAGAACCUGCCGGUGGGGGACGUCGUCGACCGCCUGCUGCAGGAGUGGCAGACGGGGCAGGUCGCCGGGCCGACGGACGCGCACGGCGCAUACAGCUUCAGCGGCUACCUCGGCGAGUACGUGGUCACCGUGAACGCCGGCAACACCUCGAAGCAGGCCACCUUCUCGCUGUCCCCGGGGGACGAGACCAGGCACAUCACCGUUCAGAUAUGA